ACAUGUGUUUCUCCGGAUUACCUAACAAUUAUUCCUAAAAAACAUUCACGAACAUAUAGCCAAACACAUAUCUCUCUCUAGAUCACAGUGGUGAUAAUAGGCAAUAGAGAGAAGAGAAUGGAGGGAGUUGGCAUCAUAAAAUUGGCAAGGGUCUUGACGAUGGGCAUGGUGAUGGUGUAUAUGUGUCAGGCGAGCAACCUCCACCCUCUGAUCGUAGUGCCAGGGAAUGGAGGGAACCAGUUAGAGGCUCGGCUGACGGCGGAGUACAAGGCGCCGAGCUUGUUAUGUUCCCGGCAUCACCCGGCUAAGAAGGAUAAAGAGGGAUGGUUCAGGCUGUGGUUCGACAUCAGCGUGCUCUUGUCUCCCUACACAAAGUGCUUCGCUGAACGCAUGACGCUCUACUACGACGCCGAUUUGGAUGAUUACAGAAAUGCCCUUGGGGUUCAGACUAGAGUCUCCGGAUUUGGUUCUACCAAGUCCAUGCUCUACCUUGAUCCUAAUCUCAAGCCAAUCACACCAUACAUGGCUACCCUAGUAAAAUCCCUAGAGAAAAUCGGCUACGUGGAUGGCAAAACCCUCUUCGGAGCUCCUUAUGAUUUCCGGUAUGGUCUAGCCGCCGAGGGCCACCCAUCCCACGUCGGUUCCAAGUUCCUCCAAGACCUAAAAACCCUAAUCGAGUCAGCAAGUGCUUCCAAUGGUGGCAAACCCGUAAUCCUCCUAACCCAUAGCCUCGGCGGCCUCUACGUCCUCCAGCUCCUCAACCGAUCCCAGCCCUCUUGGCGCCAAAACUACAUCAAACACUUCAUCGCUCUCUCCACACCUUGGGGUGGCACUGUGGAGGAAAUGCUUGCUUUCGCCUCCGGGACUGCACUUGGUGUCCCCCUAGUCAAUCCAUUGCUCGUCAGAGAUGAGCAAAGAAGCUCCGAAAGCAACCUAUGGCUCAUGCCAAACCCAAAAUCGUUUGGUCCAAAAAAACCACUCGUGAUCACGCCAAAGGCGACGUACACAGCAUAUGACAUACUACAGUUUUUGGACGAAUUAGGGUUUCCGGAUGCCAAACAAAGGUAUGAAACUAGGGUUUUUCCAUUGGUCGAUCGGUUGGAACCACCUGGAGUGCCAGUUACUUGCGUGAUCGGGACUGGGGUUGAGACGCAGGAGACUUUGUUUUAUGGGAAAGAUGGGUUUGAUAAGCAGCCGGAGAUUGUUUAUGGUGACGGAGAUGGGACAGUGAAUAUGGUGAGCUUGUUAGCAGUCGAAUCGGAAUGGAAGGAGGCGAAAAAUCAAACACUCAAGUUUAUUAGGGUUCCUGGUGUUACUCAUACAGGUAUACUCGAAGAGCGUGCUGCACUUGAUGAAAUAAUUGGAGCGAUUGAUUCUAUCAAUUCUCAGCUUGUGGACUCACUUGCAUCAAUGUGAGCAAGGAAGGCUAUUUAUUUUUUUUAUUUUUCAAGGCUAACAAGCAUUAUUAUUUAUUAAUGUUUUACAAAUAUUAUGUAUUUUAAAUAAUAAUGAGAAUUUGAAUGUACAAUAAAUUUAAAUUCGGCAUGGGCAAGAUGAAUAUGAUAUUAGGCAAAAUUUGAAUUCA